CCUUUACACACGCAGGGCGGCGCCUCGCUAUAAAAGCCUGCGCUGCUGCUGUUUCUCUCUGCUCAGCCUCGCUCCUGCCGGACACGUCUCAGCCACACACGUCUCAGCCAGAUAGUAAAAUCCAGCAACCAUGCCUUCAGAGUUGGAGAUAGCCAUGGAAUCACUCAUCAAGGUGUUCCACCGUUACGCCUCUAAGGACGGUCGUGAAGGCACACUCAGCCGGCGAGAGCUCAGAGAGCUCAUGGAGAACGAGCUCUCCGGCUUCCUCAGGUCCCAGAAGGAUCCUGCUGCUGUGGACAAGAUCAUGAAGGACCUGGAUGCCAACGGGGACGGCCAGGUGGACUUUGAGGAGUUUGUUUCCCUGGUUGUUGGACUCUCCAUUGCCUGUGAGCAGUGCUAUACGAUGCACAUGAAGAAGUUGGGAAAGAAGUAAAAGACGACAAGGAAAAGGAAAAGACCAAAAAGCAUUUCAGUUUUUGUAACAUUGUUUUGUCCAUUAAAUAUACUGAAUUAGUUCAAA